AUGGUGGUGGAAUUCUGGAAAAAUGCAGUUUGCAACGACUACUACGUUGUUUUCCAUGUGCUGGACAGGAAGAUUGUGAUUUCAGAAGAGUCCAUUGCAAAGCUACUGGGUAUGGAGUUCCAACAGGGAAAAAGGAUCAAAAACGUUGAUGCCAAUGUUCCGGGCAUGAGGAAGCUUGUCAAUUUUGCUAUUUAUGACAACUGGACCAUGGAUAGGACCAAGUAUGCUAUAAAUGAUCAGAAGCCCCAGAUGAAGAUCUGGCAGAAGGUUUUCAUAUCCUGCAUCCAUCCCAGAACAGGCGGAACUGAUUACCUCAAUGCAACUCAGAAGGUAAUCAUGUACUACAUUUCUAGGGGUGAGCCUGUAUGUCUGCCAUUUCUGCUUUUCAACUAUCUGAAGGAAUGUGUUGAGAAGUCAAGAACUACUGGAGGUGAGAACAAGAGGUCUAUUUCUUACAUUCCUUAUGGAAGGUUACUCUCAGAUAUCUUCACUCAGAAUCGACUGGUCAAGGCUCUUUUUGAUCUGGGACUUCAUGAUGAUUUGGCUAUGACCAUUGGAGAUCCUCUCAAUGGGACUAAGCUGAAGAGAAUGCAGAUUAUUGAGAAAGUUCAGAUUGAACCUAAAGAAGACACAUCUGAAGAGAUUCGUCAGAAGAACUACCCUGUUAAUGACUUUCCUCUAUGGUCUAAAAAGGACAAUCCAGCAUGCAUUCUGAAGUAUGUGAGGAUGCUCAGAAGAGAAGGAGAUCCUAUCACCCUUGAAGAAUUUGUCACCAACCUUCCCGAUAGUCCUCCUGAAAUGCCAACAAGGAGAGCCAAGAGAACAAUCAGCAAGCCUUCAGAUCCCAAAGGCAAAAGGAUUCUGAUAGAGAAAACCAAGAAAGCAAAAGAAGCAUCAAAGUCUGUAGUAAUCAGGGAACCAGUUCCAGAACCCUCUCCUGAAAGAACUCCAGAAGAGUCAUAUGAGGAAUCUCAAUCUGAUGAUUCUGAAAGCUCUAUGGAUUCUUCCUCUGGAAAUCAAGAAGAAGAAGUUCCACCUAGAAAGAAUGUGAAGAGGAAAGCAAUUAUUGAAGAAUCAUCUGAUGAGGAAACCGAAGAUGAUGUUCCUCUGGUAAAAAGGCAAAGAAUUCAAACAGCUCAAGUUGAAGAAGAUGUUGAGCAGGAUGACUGUGAGAUCAUUGAAAAUGUGCUCCAGGUCAUAAGGGAAUCAGAAGAAGCUGAAGAUUCCACUGAUUCUGAUGUCGAGCCCAUAGGCAAGAGGCUGAAACUGCCUCUGAAGGGUCCACUUCAGAAGAAGGAGUCAGGACCACAGCAAACAACUGAAAAGAUCUCAGAAGUACAAAGAGAAAGGAGAUCAAAGACAGCUUCAGAUCCUGCAAGGACUGCCAGACUCACCAGAUCCAUCCCUCUCAGAGAAUCAAGUAAGGAACCUACUAAAAGCAUUAAUUUAGAUUCUACUUUAGUAGUUAUUCCUGAACAACCUAAGCCUAUAUCUACAUCUCUGCCAACAUCAAACCAAACAGCUCCCACUCAAACAGAACCUCAAACACAAGCCUUUUCUCAAGCUGAAACACAAGCCCCCCAAUCAAACAACCAAACAGCUACCACUGCCAUUCCAUUCAUCCACAUACAAACUUCUUCCACAUCCACCACAACUGAACCUAUACCUGUCUUUAAUUCUUUCAUUCAAGGUAUCGUUCAAAGUGAGGCUACCCUGAGAAAUUUGAUUCAACACUUCACUCCCAAGCCUCCAUCCACUUCAAAGACCCUCAUGUUAACUCAAACUGUGAACUCACGAGAUCUGAGUUUUACCUCACCUGAGAAAACUGCUACCUCCAGGCAAAGGCAAGAUACGAUCUCUGAAGCUGAGCACAUGGAUGAGUCUAACCAUUCAGGAAUUGAGAAGACCCAUGAGAUUGAUUCUACUCCUUCAGGACAACCCAGAAUUGAUAGCUCCAAUGCUUCAAGCUCAAAUGCUACCAGAACUCCUCAGCCUGUCCUGACCUUGGCAACCUCCUUCCGACCUCAAAAUCUCAUUCAACUCAUUCAGGAGUUCUCUGAAGAGGCAACCAGAAGAUUGAAAUGGUUAUAUCAGGUAACUGAUAAUCAGUUUGAUGCUUCAUUUGUUGAUGGUCUGUGGUCUGCCUUCGGAAGAUGGUCAGAAAGCAGAGCUUAUGAAUUUCAGAAGCAGCUUAGCAGUGAGAAACGUCUGAGAGUUCAUAAUGCGUCUGAGAGAGCUUAUGAACAAAGGCAGAGAGUGCUGCACAGAAUAGAUGGGUGGAAGGAACCUACAUCUCAUGCAGCAACAGCAGCCGUGAAUUACAGUAAUAUUUAG